UCACCUCCAUCUCACCACACGCCCACAAGCACCAACCUGCUCGAUCUCAGCUGAUCCCCUCGUGCUUCCUCCAUAACAAUAACAACACAUACACACCUCAUACUCAUAAUCUCCCAACCUCACAAUGUCUCGCUCCCGCGCACCUCUCGUCCUCGGUCUCACGGCCGCUGGUGGUAUUGGGUACUACCUCUAUGGAGCUGGCGGCAAUGCCAAGGUAGCUGAGAAGAACUUCGAAGCUGAUGUCCACAAGGCCUCUGCAAAGGUCAAGGGCGAGCUUCCCGGCCGUGGUCAACAGGCCGAGAAGGAGGCCGAGGCCUUGGGCCACAAGGUCGGCGCCAAGUUCGACUCCGCUGUCGCCAAGUCGCAAGCCGAAUUAUCCAAGGCACAAGCCAAUGCUGAGGCCUACGCGAAGAAUGCUGAGGCUUACGCGAAGGAUGCAAAGGAUGCCACUCUCAAGAAAGUCGACCAGUUCGACAAGAAGGUCGAGGAUAAUGCCUCCAAGGCUAAAUCUGGCGUUUCGAGCUGGUUCGGUGGAAAAUAAAAAGGGCGGCGUGGUACUCACCAUGCUGGCAUGAUAUGUCAUGAUGACCCGAAAGGCGUUUUGUGUUUUGCGAGGCUUGUUUUUCUUGAGUGACAAUGGGC